GCGCGAGAGGCCGCCGAUAAAGGUUGAGUGCCUCGCGCCGGGGGCCGUGGGGAGGGAGCGCGCCCCCGCCCCCUCCCGGGCCGCGGCUCCCGCAGCGCUGUGCCGGGCCCCGCUUCCCGUCAGCCCCCGCGGGAAGGCCCUGGGGUUCUCUUUGAUCCCCCUCCCCGACCGGGGCCACAGGUGUGAUGGCCGGCUCCCACGUAGACAUGGCGCCAGCUUCCACCACAGAGGGAACUGGGGAAAAGCCAGGCUCCACCGCCCCAGCACCCACCCCUGCUGCCCAGUAUGAGUGCGGAGAGUGCGGCAAGUCUUUCCGGUGGUCGUCUCGGCUCCUGCACCAUCAGCGCACACACACGGGUGAACGGCCAUAUAAGUGCCCAGACUGCCCCAAAGCCUUCAAGGGUUCCUCAGCCCUCCUCUACCACCAACGGGGCCACACAGGCGAGCGGCCCUAUCAGUGCCCCGACUGCCCCAAAGCCUUCAAGCGCUCUUCCCUGUUGCAGAUCCACCGCAGUGUGCACACGGGCCUGCGGGCCUUCACCUGCGGCCAGUGUGGUCUGGCCUUCAAGUGGUCGUCCCACUACCAGUACCACCUGCGCCAGCACACAGGUGAGCGGCCCUACCCAUGCCCCGACUGCCCCAAGGCUUUCAAGAACUCGUCCAGCUUGCGGCGUCACCGGCACGUGCACACCGGAGAACGCCCGUACACCUGCGGCAUUUGCGGCAAGAGCUUUACGCAGAGUACCAAUCUGCGGCAGCACCAGCGGGUGCACACGGGCGAGCGGCCCUUCCGCUGCCCGCUCUGCCCCAAGACCUUCACACACUCCUCCAACCUGCUGCUGCACCACCGCACUCACGGCCCCGCCCCUGGCCCCACUCCCGCCCCAGCGGCAGAGAGCAGCAGAGCUGGCACCAAGGUUCUGGUCUCUGAGGCCUAUCUGCAGCCCCGCAGCCCGCCCGCGCCCCCAGCCCCACCACCCCAGCCUACACCCGUGGUGCCCGAGCUCUUUCUGGCUGCUGCCGAGACCACAGUGGAGCUGGUGUACCGCUGCGAUGGCUGCGAACAGGGCUUCAGCAGUGAGGAGCUGCUCUUGGAGCACCAGCCGUGCCCAGGCCCCACCGUGGCUACCCAGCCCCAGGAUGCACCUGCCGAGCUGCCCCGGGCUGACCCCCCUCUGCCACAGCCCACACCGGCCACCACAGGCCCUCCAAACUUUGCUUGCCUUCCUUGUGGGAAGUCCUUCCGGACCGUGGCUGGUCUGUCCCGCCAUCAACACAGCCACGGCGCUGCCAGUGGGCAGGCUUUUCGCUGUGGCAGCUGCGAUGGCGCCUUCCCACAGCUGGCCAGCCUAUUGGCUCACCAGCAGUGCCACGUGGAAGAGGCGGCAGCUGGGCGCCCACCCCCUCAGGCUGAGGCUGCAGAGGUUACCUGUCCCCAGGAGCCUCUAGCCCCAGCCACUCCUGCCCCACCGCCUCCCCCGCCUGCCCCUGUUUCCGCUGAGCGGCCGUACAAAUGUGCAGAGUGUGGCAAGGCCUUCAAGGGUUCUUCAGGGCUGCGCUACCACCUGCGGGACCACACAGGCGAGAGACCCUACCAGUGCGGGGAGCGCGGCAAAGCUUUCAAGCGCUCUUCCCUGCUGGCCAUCCACCAGCGAGGGCACACGGGCCUGCGGGCCUUCACCUGCGGCCAGUGUGGCCUCACCUUCAAGUGGUCGUCCCACUACCAGUACCACCUGCGCCUUCACUCGGGCGAGCGGCCCUAUGCCUGCAGUGAGUGUGGCAAAGCCUUCCGUAACACUUCGUGCCUGCGGCGCCACCGGCACGUGCACACCGGCGAGCGGCCCCACGCCUGUAGUGUGUGCGGCAAGAGCUUCGCACAGACCUCCAACCUGCGGCAGCACCAGCGGGUGCACACGGGCGAGCGGCCCUUCCGCUGCCCGCUCUGCCCCAAGACCUUCACACACUCCUCCAACCUGCUGCUGCACCAGCGCACUCACUCUGCCGAGCGUCCUUUUGCCUGUCCCGUUUGUGGCCGAGGCUUUGUCAUGGCUGCCUACCUGCAGCGGCAUUUGAGGACUCACACCCCAGCCACCGCAACAUCAGGCUCCGCCGGCCCUGCCGCAUCUCAGCCCCCUGCCCCAUUGGCCGCAGCUCCAACUCCACUGGCCUCCCAAGAUGUUCAUGUUGUCCCCCGCCUACAGGCUACACUUUCACUCGAAGUGGCUGGGGGCACCGCUCAGGCCACGCCCCCAGGCCCAGUCACCCCUGGUUCUCAGACAUUUCUCCUGGUACAGACUGCCCAGGGCCUCCAGCUGAUACCUAGCAGUGUGCAUCCCCCUACCCCUCCUCCACCUCCUCCACCCCCUAAGCUCAUCCUGCUGCCUCCUGCCAGUGUUGGGGGUACGGGAACUAGUGCGGCAAGGCAGGGCCCUCGGGCUGCAGGGAAGUCUGGACAGGGGUCAGGGGUAGUGUGGUUUCCCGGCCCAGGUGGUCUGGGGUUGCAGGGAGGUGGCAAUGCAGGGGCCAGCGGGGGAGGGCAGAGCCUCAUUGUUCUGCAGAAUGUAGGGAGUGGGGAGACAGGGCCACAGGAAGUGAGUGGGGUUCAGCUGCAGCCAGCACAGGAAGUGGCCACGGUCCAGCUGCAGCCUGCACAGGAAGUGGCCACGGUCCAGCUGCAGCCAGCACAGGAAGUGGCCACGGUCCAGCUCCAGCCCCUGGCAGGCCAAGUCUCCAAUUCUAGUGGAGGAGCUGUGGCUGCAGAGGCUCCAAACCUGCUGGUAGUUCAGAGUGGGGCAGCUGAAGAAUUGCUGGCCGGCCCUGGACCCGGGGAAGUGGGGGACAGUGAGACCGGCGCUGGUAUGGUCCAGGAUGUCGUGUUUGAGACACUGCAGACAGAUGAGGGGCUGCAGAGUGUGCUGGUGCUGAGUGGAGCGGAUGGCGAGCAGACCAGGCUCUGUGUGCAGGAGGUGGAAACUCUCUCCCCGGGGCUCACAGAGCCAGCGGCCACUGGCCCAUCCGGACAGAAACUCCUCCUCAUCCGCAGCGCCCCAGCUGCCGACCUGCUGGAGAACAGCAGCGUGGCAGGAGGCGCCGCCACACUGCAGCUCUUGGCCCCGCCAGCACCUGGCCCGGUGUCCGCCCCUGUGGGGGUGCCCGCAGCGCCCGCCUCCCAGAUGGUCCAAGUGCUCCCUGCGGUGGCUGCACCAGGGGUCAUGCCCCCCCAGACUGUGCCCUCCAUCCAGAUUGUGCAGACCCU